UAACAUCUAUGGAAAUUUGUUCAUACGAUGGUAAAAAUAAAUAAAUGCGAAGAAAUACAGAUGGCAGCUAAUUAUGGUGUCCACGUCAUCCAUCUCGGAGGUAUCAGCCAUGGCAGAAGUACGGAAAACUGAAACUACUAACAAACACAGGAAAACGAAGCCGUCUGCCGGGAAAACCACUGCAUAUCGACGCAACACACGAAGGGGAAAGGAGAUUACCAGCUGAAACGUCCGAGCUUCAACACAAAGGAACUGACAAUAAACGGAGUCAAUCGUUGGCAGUUUUCGUUUUAUACGAAUGAAUUUCGGGCUGGAAUUGGGAGGAUUAGUUGGCAGGUGAUAUGGCGUUGCUGCGCAAAUUGUUCUUCCGGAAGCCGCCCGAUGGCCUUCUCGAGAUCUGUGAAAGAGUUUACGUUUUUGAUUGCUGUUUUACCACAGAUUCGUGGAAGGAGAAGAAUUAUGAAGCUUACUUAUGUGGAAUAGUUGCUCAACUCAGAGAGCAUUUAGCAGAUGCAUCGUUCUUGGUAUUCAAUUUUAGGAGAUUAGAGAUGCAAAGUCAGAUGGGCGAUAUCUUAUCGAAGUAUGAUAUGACCAUAAUGGACUACCCUCAGCAGUACGAGGGUUGCCCAGUUCUGACAAUGGAAGUGCUUCACCAUUUUCUAAGAUCAUGUGAGAGUUGGCUUUCCCUUGGACAAAAUAACGUUUUGCUAAUGCACUGUGAGCGUGGUGGUUGGCCAGUUUUAGCUUUCAUGCUUUCGGCUCUCUUGAUUUUUAGGAAACAAUAUAGUGGGGAGCAAAGAACAUUGGACAUGGUUUACAGGCAGGCACCGCGUGAGCUUUUACAUGUUUUGUCUCCUAUGAAUCCAGUUCCUUCCCAAUUAAGAUAUCUUCAAUACAUUGCAAGGAGGAAUGUAGCCUUAGAAUGGCCACCUAUGGACAGAGCUCUCACUUUGGAUUGUAUCAUUUUGAGAUUUAUUCCAAAUGUUGAUGGAGAGGGUGGUUGCCGUCCAAUAUUUCGAAUAUAUGGACAAGAUCCUCUGCUCGUCAGUGAUCGAGCUCCUAAAGUUCUGUAUUCAACUCCAAAAAGAAGUAAAAAUGUCCGUUCUUACAAACAGGUAGAAUCAGAACUGGUUAAGAUUGAUAUUAAUUGCCAUAUUCAAGGAGAUGUUGUUCUUGAGUGCAUCAGUUUGCUUGACGACAUGGAAUCUGAAGAGAUGAUGUUCAGAGCAAUGUUUAAUACUGCUUUUAUUCGCUCUAAUAUCUUAAUUGUCAACCGUGAAGAGAUCGACACUUUAUGGAACGCUAAAGAUAAAUUUCCAAAAGAGUUUCGAGCAGAGAUUCUUUUCUCUGAGAUGGAUGCUGGAACUUCUACUGUUCCAAAUGAUAUACUUUGCAUUGAGGAGGAUGGUCUCCCCAUUGAAGCAUUUGCUAAAGUACAAGAGAUCUUUAGUCAUGUGGAUUGGUUAGAUCCCAAAGCAGAUGUUGCCCUUAAUAUGCUUCAUCAGAUGAAUGCCUUAAACAUAGCCCAAGAAAAGACAGACAAUAAUUCUCUUUGGAGUACACAAUUUAGUUCUUUACUUCAGUGUACAAGUCCCAGAAAACUUCCGCAGAAGUUCACAUUGGAGAACACACUCUUCCUAGAGAAGGAAGAGUCUGUUCCAACAUCUAAGUUUUCUCCGGAUGCUGCUAAAACUGAACAGAACAAUGAACCUGAUUCAGUAUUCCAACAGGUGCCUCGAUCUUCAGAGUCUUUCCCACUUAACUAUGACAUUUUGCAAGAUUCGCGGAAUUCAGAGAGAAGCAAUAGGACCUCACACAGUGCUUCGGUUGGAAGCCACUCAUUUCUUGAUUCUGAAGGAGAAACAGAGGUUUCUCAUCUGAAAACUGCAUCUUCAUCUUUUCCGAAUGCAGCAUUGGCUGUUUCUCUUGCACCUGAAUCUCUUCGCACUAAAAGUUUCCUUACAGGGACAACCAUGCCACCACCUCCUCCUCUCCCCCAACUUUCCAUGGAUAUUUCUGUUGCUAAUUCUGUACCUUAUCCUUCCCCUCCUCCAACUGCAUCAGCACUUCCGUCUAAUAACUUAUCAACUCUAGGACCAGAUAAAUCUUCUCUCACCGAGGAAAGAAAAAUCUAUUCGAAGGAUCAAAGUCAGUUAUCAACCAUUGGCCCUCCCCUGUCUGUAACCUCAGCAACUGCACCCUUAGUGCCUCAACCACCACCACCACCUCCGCCUCCACCUCUUCCUAUGACGUCUAAACAGGAUGAAAGUACUUCAACAUCUCCAUUUGUUCCUCCUCCACCACCACCACCUCUUCUUAUGACAUCUAUGCAGGUUGGAAGUACUUCAACAUCUUCUUCUGUUCCACCUCCGCCCCCACCUCUUCCGUUUAGACAGGUUGAAUAUACUUCAACAUCUCCAUCUGUUCCCCCUCCUCCACCACCGCCAACUUCCACCACAGGCUCCUCUUCAGCUGUUCCUUCUGCUCCCCCUCCUCCUACCCUUUCUGGGAGAGGGACUUCAAAAUCUGGUGAACUAUGUUCUGAUUCUCUUCUCGAAAAUGGUUUGUCUAGGUGUCCUCCGCCACCAAAUAGUUAUCCAUUAGGUAUAAAGGGACGGAGUUUGUCACGCACGAUAAAUUCAAGAUCACAUAUAACCAAGAAACUUAAGCCAUUGCAUUGGUUAAAGUUAUCUAAAGCAGUGCAAGGAAGCUUAUGGGCUGAAACUCAAAAAACUGGUGAAGUUUCCAGGGCACCAGAGAUUGACAUGUCAGAGCUUGAAAGUCUUUUCUCAGCGGCAGUUCCUGCUCCUGAUCUGCUCAAGAAGUCAGGUGGGCCUGGUUCAGUUGGGAAUAAACCUGAGAAAGUACAACUGAUUGAUCAUAGGCGAGCUUACAAUUGUGAAAUCAUGCUUUCAAAGGUCAAGGUUCCUUUGCAAGAUUUAAUGAGUUCUGUGCUUGACCUUGAAGAUGCAGCGCUGGAUAUCGAUCAGGUUGAGAAUCUUAUUAAGUUUUGUCCGACAAAGGAGGAAAUGGAUUUACUCAAGGGCUACACCGGAGAAAAGGAGAAGCUUGGAAAAUGUGAACAGUUCUUCUUAGAGUUGAUGCAAGUACCUCGUGUUGAAUGUAAACUUCGAGUUUUCUCAUUCAAGAUGCAGUUCAGCUGUCAGGUCACUGACCUCAAAAAAAGCUUGAACUUUGUUAACUCUGCUGCAGAAGAGAUAAAAAGUUCAGUGAAGUUGAAGAGAGUCAUGCAAACAAUACUAUCUCUAGGAAAUGCUUUAAACCAGGGAACAGCGAGGGGCUCUGCUAUAGGAUUUAGGCUGGAUAGCCUUCUUAAACUGACAGAAACUCGUGCACGAAACAACAAGAUGACUCUAAUGCAUUAUCUUUGCAAGAUACUUGCUGACAAACUGCCAGAAGUUUUGGAUUUUUCUAAUGAUCUUGCAAGCUUGGAGCCUGCAUCAAAGGUACAAUUGAAGAUUUUGGCAGAGGAGAUGCAAGCAAUUAGCAAAGGGUUGGAGAAAAUUGUUCAAGAAUUGUCUACAUCUGAAAAUGAUGGCCCUAUAUCCAAUAAUUUCCGAAAGGUUUUAAAGGAGUUCCUUCGUUUUGCUGAAGCUGAAGUCAGAACUUUGGCUUCGCUAUACUCUAGCGUGGGUAGAAAUGUAGAUUCUUUGAUUCUUUAUUUUGGAGAAGAUCCAGCUCGCUGCCCCUUUGAGCAAGUUAUGUCAACCUUAUGCAACUUUGUGAGUAUGUUUAACCGAGCCCACGAGGAAAACUGCAAGCAGAUAGAGCUUGAAUUGAAGAAAGCAACUGAAAAGGAAAAAUCAAAGACGGGGCACUUGCACAAAAAGACGAGGACGAAGAAGUUAUCACGCUCCCAGGUUGAGAUUGGCAAUGUCAAGUAAGUUAGCAUGUCAAGUUCCUUCAAGUAAGCCCUCCAGAUCUACAGACAUCCAACACAAGCAAUUAGUUCUAGUGGGAAGUGUACCACUCCUUCAUGAGCCUUUUGAGCUUUAACAUUGCUAGAUGGUAUCGUUAUUUGCACUGCAGCAACCCGGGCCGAUCAAGCUUCAUCCUGUUGCUCAAUGCACUGAGCAGGCUGGCUGCUUGUAUCAAAACUGAACAAAUUCUUGUGUGUACAUAAUCAUCCGGGGAUACAAGAAAGUCACCUUUCAAGGUUGCUUUAUAAUUUGAAGAUCCCCUGACAUUCUUUUGUUUUGGAACAAAAAUUCAUCCAGAUGUGUAUUUAGCUAUACCAUUAUUUAAAGAAAAUUUUGAGUUGUGUUAUGCCUAUUUACACCUCAGUUUUUGCUCAAAA